AUGUCAUCCUUCGCAAAGUCCAUCGCCACCAUCCGCGGCGAUCUCUCCAACAUCACCGCCCCACCAUUCGUCCUCGACACCAAAUCAGCCGUCGAACUGCCCUCGUUCUGGGCCGAAAGACCUUCGAUUUUCGUGGCUCCGGCGGCCGCAGACGACGCCGCCGAGCGCGCCUUGUUGGUGUUGAAAUGGUUCAUCUCGUCCCUACGGAAUCAGCAGUACGCCGGCAGGUCGCCGUCCCAGGGGGUGAAGAAGCCCAUCAAUGCCUUUCUCGGCGAGCUGUUUCUGGCUAGGUGGGAGGACGACCAAGAUCGCGACGGGAACGGGGACGGAGCUGCAGACAGGAUCGGCGAUACAAGGCUGGUGAGUGAGCAGGUCAGUCAUCACCCGCCUGUCACUGCGUGUCGAGUGUGGAACGAAAAACACGGCGUCACGGCAGAGGGCUACACAUGCCAGGAGAUCACCUUCAGCGGCAGCGUCAACAUCCAGCAGAUCGGGCACGCCACGCUCCAUCUCGCGCGGCACAACGAGACGUACCUGAUCCCGCUCCCAGACAUCAAAGUCAAGGGCAUUUUGACCGGCACCCCGUACCCGGAGUUGCAGGGCACGCACCAUAUCCCCAGCACGAGCGGGUACACUUCGACCAUCGACUUCAGCGGCAAAGGUCUCUUCUCCGGCUCGGACAGGAAGCACAGCUUCGAAGCCAGGGUAUACCGCGACGACGACGGCCAUGAUGCUCCUCCUCUAUACACCGUCUCAGGCCACUGGGACGCUCAGUUCGUCAUCCAUGACGCCAGACGAAACCUCGAGAUCGAGACAUUCGACGUCGCCGCCGCGACGACCACGCCGCUUGUCACCGAGCCCCUAGCGGAGCAGGACCCAUGGGAGUCGCGACGCGCAUGGCGCGGCGUCCGAGAGGCACUCCAGCGCGGGGACAUGCAGGCUGCCGCGGACGCCAAAGCCAAGGUCGAGAACGGGCAGCGCGAGAUGCGCAAGACGGACAACAACGGUAAGCAUUGGCAGCGCUUGUUCUUCGAGCCCGCGGGCCAGACGGACGAGAUCGCCGCGUCGCUGGCGCGGAAAGUCGGACUGACGCUCAGACCCGAGGACACGGUCGCGGCGUGGAGGUUCCGGCGCAGAGAGUGGGAAGAAGGACUGUUCCGGAAGCCAUAUCAUGGGGACCUGAUGCCGGAUAAUUCGCGCGCCAGGCCGACUCAAGGAGGGCGAGGAGAUGGUGACGCUGUGGAUAAAGUCAACAACAACGACGACGACGAUGUUGGUGCUGUGCAUCCUCACCUUCGUCCUGUGGCUGGUUCGCAAAUCACUCCGUCUAUUCCGGCGGGAGAAUCCACACCAGCCCACGUCAACGGUCCUCCUACCUCUUCCGCACCUCCUCAACCUCUGGCAGAGACUCCGGCCCUUGAAGCCGAGACGGAGGAGCUGGACAAGAAGAACAACAUAGAACAAGACGAGACCGCGCCAGAAAAUGCCCAGGUCGAAGACUUUCUCCGGGACAGAUAUUCGAGCCGGGGGAUGCGUUGA